AUGAACAAGACGGUGCAGUACGCGUUGGUGGCGUUCUGGGAGAAAUCCGGGUGCAAGAUCGUGGCGGAUUACCCGACCAAGCAGGACCCAGCGUACAGGGCGAUCGCACUGAGCACGGUCGACGGACUCAAGUCGCUGGAGAACGAUAAGAUCAGCCUCGAUAGGGGCAAAUACACGGUGCACGUGCUGAUCGGCGAGCUGCACUAUGCCUGUUUGACGUUGAAACCGGACUGCCCUUCGUCGGCAGCCAUGUUGGAGUCCUGUUCUCAGCUGUUCCUCGAAAGGCUGCGCAGCAUUUACAGGGAACUGCCAAUCCUGGCCGAUCUCACCAGCGAUUUGACCAAUCUGGCAGUCAUCGACCUCUCGAAACCUCUGAAGAAGAUAGUCGACGAGUACAAUCGACAAGAGAGCGAAAUAAUACCAAGACUGGAGGGUGAUUUGGCAGAAAUUCGCGGGGCUCUCAUGGAAGGCGUGCAGAAGCUGAUUGACAGGGGCCAGAGGCUCGACGAACUCGUCCGGAAGACUCAGAGCUUGCAAAUAAUGUCCCGGAAGGACUUCCACGUGCUGACGAGGACAUCCAGGAAAAGGAAGAACGCCAUGAUGGCAGCGGUGGCAGCGACGACCAUGUUCCUCUCCACGACCCUCUUCGUGUUUCUGCUCUACCUAGGCAUCCUCUGAGCAACUCUCUGACGAAACUGUUGUCCAGAAUCACAGAUAUGUGAAAUAUA